AUGAUAGUGAUAACGACUUCCUCUAAUCCUCUCAUCCCACGUAAAAGCUUUAUCGCAUUAUCGUCUGCGACAAAGAACAACCAACCUUUUUUCAGAUCUGCUCCGGCGUUGUCCACCGCGUACGCGCGCGUCCGGCCGCCGGAGGCUUGCCUCCUCCUUGCUCUGUUUUCGUCUUUGCUCCCCAGUCACUUCCCCUCUACUAUCGCUUUGUUCUGGGCUCUGGUCAAGCGUCUUUUGUUGAUUCUGGUGACCGCUCGCGAGGUUCGUCGGAAUUGCUAUCGAUUCGGCUUUGUUCUGGAGUCAGGACGCGGUGGUGUGCAGUGGUCUUGGCCUGUGGGGCUUCUUCGUUUGGAACCGGGAACCCUUACGGCGUCGUCGGGGUUCGUCUCCUCUUCGAUGGAGCCUAGUUUAGCUUCGGUAGUGGUUCACUUCGGAGACGGGUCACGGUCUGUCACUGUUUCUUCGGUUCUCGAAGGCAGCAAGAGACGUCCUGGCUUUUGUCUAGGUCAUGGCGGUGUCCCUCUUGCGCUUAGCUCACAUCCCAGUGCCAGAGAAGGAUCACUUGAUUCUUCAACGGUAGUGUUUGGUGGCGGCAGUAGCGAGUUCUUGCUCGGGUUGGGAGGUGGUUUCAAGCGUUGCGUGACGUGUACAAGCUCGGCUUUGGUGGUUUACAAGGCUUGUGUUCGAUGGAGUUCAUCGGGAGCUAGCUACUCCGGAGACGACAAGGGAAGUCCCGGCAUCCGAGGCAACAAGGAGAACCUCACAUUCUCUCGAUCUCGUUGA